AUGGCUACCCCAGCCGCACCCCCCUCGGCAGCGGGCGCCUUCCCGCUCCCCACCAUCCUCACGCAUCCGUCCUCGACCGACCCCACGCUCAUCGCCCAAGGCGCGGAAGGCCGACUCUACAAGACAACAUAUCUCUCUCCAGACACCCCCUGCGCACUGAAAUAUCGACCCGCGAAGCCGUGGCGGCACCCGACGCUCGACCAGCGCCUGACCCGCCACCGCAUCCUGUCCGAGGCACGCAUCCUCGUGCGCUGCCGUCGCGAGGGGGUGCGCGUGCCCGCCGUGUACGGCCUCGACGAGGCGGCCGGGUGGCUCAUGCUAGAGUGGGUAUCCGGUCUGCCUGUGCGGGCGCGCAUAAACGAGGCACUCGGCGCACGGGCCGGCGGCGCCGACGGCGUCGAGCGGGAGAGCGUCGAGGAUAACGAGGCGCUGCGCGGACUGAUGCGUCGCAUCGGCGCCGCCGUCGGUCACAUGCAUCGCGUCGGCGUCGUCCACGGAGACCUGACUACUAGCAACAUGAUGCUCAGCCCGACGGGGGCAGAGACGGGGAGCGGUGCCGGCGGUGCUCCCCUAGACGGCGACAUCGUCAUCAUCGAUCUCGGCCUGGCCAGCGGGAGCACCCUCCCCGAGGACCGCGCAGUGGACCUGUACGUCCUCGAACGGGCCUUUGCAAGCACCCACCCCCGCGCAGAGUGCAUCUUCCCCGACGUCUUGGAAGCGUACAAGGAGUCCUUCCCGCAGGCCCCGGCAGUGAUUAAGAGGUUGGAGGACGUCAGGAUGAGGGGCAGGAAACGGAGUAUGCUGGGGUAA